UGUACGUGUGAGUCUCUGUAAGUGCUGUGAGGUUUCUGACAGACUUUGUGUGAAUCAGGGUCUCAAGAAGAAGGGAACAUUGGGAACGUUCAGGAUGUCUGUCUCAAGAGGAGUUAUCAGAACACAGGCUUCACAGGCCCAGGAUCUUGAGAGACUGGCUCAGCUCUGCAUCAUGAGCAAAAGACCCCAUCUUGCUUUAGAAUACAGUGGCAAGGCCACUAAAAUCCACCAGAGGGCUUUUGGUAACGAUCAUCCGAUCACAGCCCGGAGUCUGGAGCUGCUGGCCACUGUCUAUGCUGAGAUCGGCAAGACAGAAUAUACAAAUUCAUUGGGAGAGUGUGUGUCGACUCUUUCCAAAAGGUUCUCGGCCACCGAGUCAUUCAGCGAUGCUCUGAGUAGCAUCUCUCAUAGCCAUAAAGACAGACACGCUGAGCUGCGACACAGAAAAGAGCCAUACAUACAACAGGAAACUCCUAAAACGAAGGUCAUAAAUGAAAAACUGCCCACCUCUAUUCUGAAAAGGUCCAAUGUGAGCAACGUGGAGUCAGACUCAUCGAGCAAGCGAAAAAGCGAGAGGCGGGUUCGCUUCAGAGAGCCGGAGAUCACUGUUCAUGACAUUCCAUACUAUGAAUGUUUAGGAGUCUACGACACCCCCCAGAGCCGGUUGCACCUAGCCCUGCUCACCUGCCUGUUCCUGCUUCUGUCUGCGCUGGGUGUAGCACUGUACUGCACGGACCGCCCGAAGACCCCAGCGUGCCUGCGAAGAGAGCUGCAGACAGCACUGGCUGUGUACCUGCUUCAGUUCAAACAGAUCGUUUGGGCCUGCUGGAUCUGGCUGACCAUGCAAUGA